ACUCACAAGCGAACAACUUGAAACGUUCGGCGCUCACCGACUUUUCUUAUUCUUCCAGCUAAAGGCUUGAAGCUUGACGAGCCUACUUCACCAUGGCUAUUGAACCACUAUUUGGGACGAGAGCCCAACAGGCUUUCAUCAUCACAAUCGCAGUCCAGGCCAUUGUGGUGAUAACCAUGGUUGCGUUGACGUUCGGCAUAGUUCGAGCCGAAGUAGGAUCCUCCUUUGAGGAGCUUGGAUACAAGACAUUACCAUGCUAUCUGGCCCUUUUUAUUUUGGCAGAGAUAUUCGAAUUGCUAAUGGCAUUCGACGCUCUACGGUCACGGAACAUUAUCCAGCUCAUGGGGAUUGUUCUCUUUCAUGCAGCCCUCAUCGUUUUUUCUGCUCUCCAAAUUCACGAAACCCGCGUCGCUAUAUUUGGAUGUCAGGCUCCUUGCACCACAGAUCCCAAUGAUCUAUGGAAUAAGGUCCAACGUUUCCUGAUCGUCUCACCCUGUAUAAUUGCUGCAUCGUGGGUGUUUUUGAUAUUCUGGAUCAAGCAGCUGUACGCUGAGUUCGGAUGGGUUAUCUUCCAUGUCGUGGGGGCAAACCCAAGAUUCAAGUCCAUGUAUCAAUUCUAUCAGAUCUUCAUCUGCUUACUUAAAUUCGACUUCUUCUGUUUCGUGGGGGUGACUAUGCAGCUUCUUAUCGUUGUCCUCAGCAGCAAUUCUGCUGAGUUUGGGGUCACUGUCGCUGCAAUUCCUGUGGUUGUAAUUCUUUUGGCCGGCUGCGCACGUGCUGUCAAGCACGAAGUCAGGUGGAUGAUGAUGAUUGCCCUCGUGUUGAUGGUGGCUGCGAUGACCUAUUUAUACAAACUUGUUCGCUUCUACGAACCUUCCUCGGAGCAACAGUAUUAUUCAACUCGCGCCACAUUGACUGUCUUCACCGUCGUCGCCUUCCUGCUCCUCUUGUGCUCGUUCGCGAUAGGAAUCAAGUGCCUCCGUGACUUUGACAAAGGGCUCCAUGAGUCUAAGACGCAUGGUCAGUCCUACACCCCUGUCAAGACGCAGGUCAUCGACGUGUUCAGAAUGAGGGGCAUGACAGAGCGCCAGUCGUCAUAUUUCCCGGGCGGUGCUCCUCUUCAGCAACAGAUAUCCAUAGAGUGAUCUAUGACUCAUGCCCGGUACAAACAUCACAAUGAAUUGAGACUACGAUCAUGACGACAUGGACAAGAUUUGCUCUACAUAUGUAACGAUCUGCUCUUCGUCUUUUGGAAGUGGAGAUCUCCUUUGUGUUAUUUAGUGUUUUGGACUACAGCUUUUCGUAAUUCCUGUCACAAUAUACCCUAUCGAUUUCCACCGCUG